AGCAUAAUUAUGGACUGUACCGCUUCUUUGAAUCGUCUGCUUGCAGUAUUGACAGAACGUGACAUUGGCCUGGGCUAUGAUGAUCUGGCAUGGCUAUUCGACUCUCCUCAGACCAGAGAUCCCAUGAUCUCCUGGGUCCAUGAAUAUUUAUCGUCUGCAACUCUCCUCAGCCCAGAGGAACUUGAUAUGCAUGCAUACAUCUCUCAAUCCAACUUCAAGUUCCCUUCUGCAGAUGGAAUGCCACGGCCUAUACAAGAACCUGAUUUUGAAUCCGCCAUCGAUUCUCUGGAAACUAGCACUGCCGCAAUAGAGAAGCAAACUGCCAUACUUGAGGCCCAACGAGAUGCCUUGCAAAAGCUUCAGACACUCAACAGAGAACCUACAUCAACCAUCUCCAACACUGACGAAAAGCGAUCAACUCAAGCACGAACAAAAGCCCAAUUGGAUCUAGAAACAAACGAACUUACCGAGUCCAUCCAACAACGCGUUAGCGUGACUAGAAGGCAUGCAGAUUCGAGUCUGAACAUGCUCAAAACAUCCUCUCAACGCCAGCUAGACAAAGACGAUCGCCUGCUUGACGGACUGCAAAAAGUAAUGUUCAAACUUGCUCCAUUAGAGUCAAGCAGAAAGCAACUUCCUGACUUCAAUACCCUAUCGCACGCUUUGGUCAAGCUGAAAGCCAAGAUUAUUAAAGACAGGACAAACACCACUUAUCUCGAGGCCCUCGCUGGUCUAGCCAACGAGAUCGAUGGUUUCGAGCAUAAAGCAAAUGGACAAGCAGCUCAUGAAGCAUACGCACUGGCCGAAGAACUGGAGAGCUUGAUCACAGAAGUGGACUCGGUCCUCGACAUGAUCAUCAGCAGGCGCUACCGAGCACCCAUCGUCAAUGCUCUGAAAAUCUGCGACGCGCAAGCUCAGCUCGAACAACAGAGCUGGCUCGAAUAUACCGACGAUCUAGCCUCCUGUACUCAAGACGCCUUGGCAUACACCUCUGCAAUCACCCAAGUCUCAGACGCACUUGCCGAAACACUGCCGCCACAAGUUCAAGCACAGUCUAGACUCGACAAAAAGCCAUUAGCCAGAGGCGCCUCGCCCAAAAAGCUUACGAAUCCCAUCUUACACCGCCAAGGAGCCAAAGAUCCAAUUCUGGAAAUACUUGGUCAUCACGGUAUACGCAUUUCCACCGAGACAGCAACAGACCCUGAGGCCGUGUCUCAUGUUUUGACAUUAGCAAUACAUGAACGUCAAUCACGCUUGCAAGAUUUGCAAAAGGCUACUGAACUUUCUAUCGCUGCUCAGGUGGCCGAAUCUAUCAAUAUGGCCGAUGGGGAGUUGCAAACUCUGAUGGGAGUAUUGUGUGCUUAUUCUCCUUAUGCCACUGUGCACCUUACAGAAAGUAAAGUCAAACAGAGAUUGGAACGUCUGGAUCACGAAAUUGAGAGUUUGGGAGAUGGUAUUAAGAGGCUUGAUGUUGAUCGACUGGCUGAGGCAGAACAAAGGAGACUCUCAGCCGCUCUCGAUCGUUCAUCCGCUGAGCUGAUCUAG